CGAAGUUCGCCGCGCAUCGUUUCUAGGACUUUUGCCGGCUCUUGCCCGACUGAGGCCGCAACACUAUCCAACAGCGGGAUCCUGCAGCCUUCCGAGCAUCGUGUUACACUAAAUUCUAACAGGUCCCAUAUCUACUAGUGACCCACAACGGCGAGCCUGUAGCCCACUAUCUCUCCUUAUGCGCCGGCACACCGAUAGUUUUACUCCGAGCCCGACUUGUCGCUGUCUACGCCUGUCAAACGUAGACCCUUGAGGCCUUGCAUAUAUCUCGCCGCCGGUCAUCCUCAUCAAUAUUUCUAGUUCCCUCUGACUCAAGCUCUCGCCGUCCUCUGGAUUUGAUUUUCAACCGUUCGUCUGUCCACUCUUUCGCCCAUGAACCGCCAGGACCUAUCGGCGCUGGCGCGUGUACCACAUCUGGCCAGGCUCGCCAACCUCGUGGGAGAGAUAUGCAUAGCCGCCGAUGCCGUGAAAGUUCAUCGGCAACAGUGCAAAGACCUGGGGGACAGAUGCGUUUCGCUGCUUGUGGCUAUUCGUGACUCUUACGAGGGAAUGGAGGGACCUGCCGCUCCCCAAAUUUUAGAACAAGCCGAUCCUGCCAUCUUCCGAAUACACACGCGCCUGCAGGCUUGGGCCGCCCUCAACAAGAUCAAGGCAUUCGUGCAGCGAGACGACAUGAAGCAAGCGAUUGAUAGCUCUAACCAGGAUCUCGAGUUGUGUUUUCGGAGAUUAGGAUUGGAGCAGCCGUUGAAUCAGAACCGGAAUCAGGCUGCAGCUACUUCAACUGGCGGCUCGGGCUCGCAAACGCAGCUUUCCUCUCCCGAACAUAACCAUCGACACUACUCUGUCGACUUCGGCGCCUCCCCACUCCUCGAACGUUCUUCUCCGCACAAGCCCUCCCGCCGCCCCGCAACCUCCCCCGGAAGAGGGCGGUCUACUACCGUACCUGAGAUGGCAUUGGCUGACGUGGACACCUCAGGGCGUCUAGCCUUGCAGCCAACCGCAUACGCAGAAGCCGGGUCAGCCCUUGGCACGGUGUCGGAAGCAGAGGAGAUCCGACAACAGUCAAGGAUAUAUCACGGACGUCCAAUAUCGGGACCGCAAGGAGCGCGCCCAAUGACUGUGUCGAAGUCCCUGAUGGUUGACUACACAAACGAGGUUAAGAAAGUUAGCGGAGGACCUGCAUUCUCGACUGCCUUCUGUGAUGUUUUUGUUGGGAGGCUUGUGAACCGGACGGUUGCUCUCACCUUUCCACGUCUGCUCAAUUCUUCUCCUGCUGCCCAACGAAGCUUGCGAAAACACCUCGAUACCUGGGGAUGCUUGGAUCACCCCAAUGUUCUUAAAGUGGAAGGCACUGCGGUCAUCGAUGGCUGUGUAUACCUAGUCAGCCCAUGGAUGGCCAAUGGGACCGCUGCUUCGUAUUUGAAGGGCAAGCCUGAUGUUGACUGCGUUUACCUCCUUCGCGAUAUCGCUGCUGGCCUGAACUAUCUCCACAGGUACGGAAUGGUCCACGGCGACCUUCGGGGGAUCAAUGUUCUCGUUGACGAUGUCGGGAGAGCGUGCGUGACCGACUUCGGCCUGUCACGACUUGUCGACGAGGUUUGCAAUCCCGCAGAAGUUCCCGAUUCCGGGAAUUCUCGCUGGCUCGCCCCAGAACUAAUCGCUGACUCUUCGUCGCCUGACAAAGCCUCAGAUGUCUGGUCGUUUGGUAUGCUCUGCCUCGAACUACUGACCGGAGAGCCACCAUAUCGAAAUCAUCCUCGCGAGAGAUCCGCCAUCUACGACAUCGCUCUCGGCACACUACCUCAGCGGUCAGAAGGCGUUCGUGGCUUAACCGAUCCAAUGUGGGAACUCUUACAACGGUGUUGGCAAAAGCGCGCCGAAGCGCGACCUUCUAUGAGGGCUGUGCUUUCCGACUUAGAAAGUCUGCUAUCCUACCAUACAUCACCGCGUAGCACACACGCUAGCCCGCCUUCCCCACUAGUGCAAUCACCAACCUCCGACUCCGAUGCUUCAUAUAAAUUGCUUCCACAUCGUUCUUCUUCCCAACUUCCUACGCCCCCGCCUUCGCGAUUACGACCUCACCCUCCAACCAUCGAUCUCAUCCCAAAUCCAUCUGCAACUCUACUCUCACCCACGUCACCUGAGCCUCCCUCGUCAAUAAGCAGUCAUCCCAACAGCACACAAUCUGACAUCCUCGACUUCGCAUCGUUUCUCAGCUCUGAACCGCCAGAAGCAACUCCGUCUCCUGCCAGCAGCUCGCUCAGCGUGAAUGGAAUGUCUUCACCACCAGGCACAACCAAAUCUAAUAGAUUCCACGUGCCAAAGUUCGGGAGGGCCCAUUCCGGCUCUUCAAAAUCGCCCAAGCUGCCAAAGUCGUCCUCGCGACCUGCGACUGCAGAUGCUCAUUUCAUGUCCUCUCCGCCUCCACCAUUCCCUUCGUCGUUCAAAUCUCCCCCGUCGUCGCUGCACUCUGGUCCAUCUCGGCCAAGCACCUCUCGAUCUGAUUCAUUCUCAGAUGACACUAGCUCGAGUCCUCGAGGCAUCGACUCUUUAUCGUCGUACCAACCUUCACUCCGGAGCUCUGAAGAACACUCCUCUCCCAAAGAGUUAGCCGUGGCGCUUGAUCGUGCGCUCAAAGAUCCUAAACCGAUAUCCUUCGAGAAAGAUGGGUUUAUCGAGGCCGGGACGUUGAAGGGUCUGGUCUAUAGAUUGUUGACUCCGGAAGAUUCCUCGGGAGAUUUGGAAUUCAAGGGGACAUUUUUAGCGUGUUAUAGGGCGUUCACCACGAGCGAAGAUGUGUUCAAUGCCCUGGAAAGCAGGUUUGAGAGCGAGGAGUCCGGGGUGCAGAGGCCUGACGGCAUGUCGAAUGUUCAGUUUUCCCUGCUGUCGUUCCUACAUACAUGGCUGAAGAUGGACUUGCCGGACAUGGGUCCAUCUCUGUUGCACCGAAUCAAGAUAUUUGCCAUUUCGGUCCAUGGCUCACGAACGCUGGAGACUAAGGCCAAGGAGAUAGUCGUUCUUGCUGACGAUAAGAUUCAAAAGGGGGAUGGCUCUAUCAGAAGUUCAACACGGAGAUCGAGGCACUCAACGCAUGAAAACAUCCCCAAAGCCUCGGAUAUCACACCUGCCGCACUCGCCGACGCCCUCACCAUUCAUGAAGGCGGCCUCUACUCCAGGAUCACCCCGCCCGAUUGUGUCGCCCACCUUUUACAGCUUCCCGGCAGCGACAAUAUUCACGCUGCGACCAUCACAAACAACCGUAUCGUCAACUGGGUCAAGAAGUCCAUUCUACGCUCCAACGAUGUCGAUGCCCGAUGUGCGGUGUACAAGUUCUUUGUGAACACGGCUCACGAGUGCAAGUUGAGGCGAAAUUACUCUUCCAUGGUGGCGAUCGUGAACGCGUUACAAUCAGCGACGGUUACGUCCUUGAAGCUGACGUCGAAGGAGAACCCACGUAUGACCAAUAAGGAGAAGCAACUGUUAAACGAGUUGAGCAGCUUGUUGGAUCCGACUAGGAAUCACAAGGCGUACAGGCAGGUAAUCGACGAGAAUAGGCAGCCUUGUGUACCUUGGCUCGCUGUCCAUCUCCGUGAUGCGAACGCACUUCUAGGGCGUUACCCCUCUGUCAUUGAGCGCGACUCACACUCUCUCAUCAGCUUCACUCGCUACAGAAAUCUCAUCGCCCACGUUCGCAGCUUCCCCCAGUACAAACUCCCCGACACGAAUGCUCAGGAUGCUGAGUUGGUGAAUGCCCUCAUCUACCUUGAGCACCAAUUGCAUUCGAUUAGCGUCGAUGCGGAGACCGACAAACUAUUCGAGGCUAGGAGUAAGGAACUGGCAAUGAAGGAGGAGAAGCUGCGCGAGCAGAGGGUCCCGGAACUGAAAUCCUUGGGAUUCUACACCGGCGAGCCUUCGAGAAGUGAGAGCUCAAAUGGGGUAAAGGCGACCGAUAGGUCAACGACAAUGGGUAUACGAACGUGAAGUGCUGUCUCGUCCCAGUCGUCGUAUGGGUUCUUCGAUGCAUUUCUGGUUUUAUUCUUUCAAUUUAUUGGGAUUUAGGUUAGACUAGGGAUCUACUCGCGGCAUUACUUGCAUGUUUUCUUGCUUUACUCACUCCAUCUUACGCCUUUUCUGUUUUUGUGUUGGCACCGAACUAUUGUUGUUUUCCUACAUGCGACUGCUACUGUCUCUAAUCAUUCGCCAUAUCACUAUCAAACCUGCCUCAUGUCUCUAUCAUGCCUUUCUCUGCCUUCCUUUCUUGUACGGCUGUCUAGUGAGCAUCGGGUCGCGCGUCGAAACUGCUGUAUUACAUCGAUACCUAAGUUGAAUCUUGUUG